CCGGUCUCCAUGCCAACGUGGUCCGCCCACCGGUCAGUGGCUUUUCCGGCCCCGGGUUCCUAAACAUGGGGACCAUCCAUCUUUUCCGGAAGACACAGCGCUCACUUUUUGGCAAAUUAACGCAGGAGUUUCGAUUAGUGACAUCUGAUCGGAGGUCUUGGAAGAUCUUGCUGUUUGGUGCCAUAAAUGUGGUUUGCACAGGAUUCUUGCUCACAUGGUGCAGCUCUACAAACAGUAUGGCUUUGACCGCUUAUACCUACCUUACAAUUUUUGACCUCUUCAGUUUACUGACAUGUUUGAUAAGUUAUUGGGUAAUGAUGAAAAAACAAAGCCCGACAUAUUCCUUUGGGUUUGAAAGAUUUGAAGUUUUAGCAGUUUUUGCAUCCACAGUUCUAGCACAAUUGGGGGCUCUCUUCAUUCUUAAAGAAAGUGCUGAAAGAUUUUUGGAACAACCUGAGAUUCACACGGGUCGUCUGCUUGUGGGAACCUUUGUUGCCCUGUUUUUCAAUUUAUUCACUAUGCUUUCAAUCAGGAAUAAACCGUUUGCCUAUGUUUCAGAAGCUGCUAGCACAAGCUGGCUUCAAGAACAUGUAGCAGAUCUGAGCCGAAGUUUAUGCGGAAUUAUCCCAGGACUGAGCAGUGUUUUCUUACCUCGGAUGAACCCUUUUGUGCUGAUUGACAUUGCUGGAGCGCUGUCCCUUUGCAUUACUUACAUGUUGAUUGAAAUUAACAACUACUUUGCGGUGGACACUGCAUCCGCUGUCGCCAUUGCGCUCAUGACGUUUGGCACCAUGUAUCCAAUGAGUGUUUACAGUGGAAAAGUUCUGCUUCAAACUACACCACCGCAUGUCAUUGGCCAACUGGAUAAACUGCUUCGAGAGGUGUCUACAUUAGACGGUGUUCUUGAAGUCAGAAAUGAGCAUUUUUGGACUCUGGGAUUUGGGACCAUGGCUGGAUCAGUUCAUGUCCGGAUUAGAAGAGACGCCAACGAGCAGUUGGUGCUGGCUCAUGUUACAAACAGACUCAGUACAUUGGUCUCUACCCUGACGGUUCAGAUCUUCAAGGACGAAUGGGCCAGGCCUGUCUUGUCUUCCAGUGCUAUGCCACCCAACAUGCUGAACAUUUCAGACCAUCACGUAAUUCAGAUGCCGUCUCUGAAGUCUGUAACUGAUGAAUUAAGUCCUUUGACUUCAACGCCCUCAAAACCCAGCAGCCCACCUCCUGAAUUUGCCUUUAAUACACCAGGCAAAAAUAUCCAUCCUGUCAUUCUUUCAAAUGCACAAGCGAGGCCAUAUGGCCUAGGACUUCAAUAUGGUUCUGCACCAUAUGGUGCCACGUUUACCCAAGGACUUGGAGUGCCUGGCAUUGGCAGCACACAGGGUUUGAGGACUGGUUUUACAAAUGUUGCCAACAGAUAUGGAACAUACACUCCUGGACAGUUCACACAGUUCAAGCAAUGACUUAAAUUUUUUGUGGUAAUUUUGCUGCCAUUUUGGGAAGUCUCUGUUUCUUGACAGUGAUAUCAGGACAUUCGGACCUCUCUCAUUUUUAAACUUUAUUAUGCAUUUGAAUGUCACUGAUACAUUCCAUUUUUGUUUUCUUUCCUUAAAGAGCAUAUGUCAGCAUGAUCAACCUUAUUAAACCAGGCAUAUAGUCUAGUAGGGUUGAUCAUGCUGACAAAAACGAUAUCCUGAUUAUGUAUUUCUGGUUUACCAUUAUGAAGAGAAGUAUGUUUUUAUUGAUAUGUAAAUUAGCUUACUGAAGCACCGAGGGGCGAGCCAGAGCCCUUGGAGCACCAAUUAGGACCACCCCUUUUCCUGGAUUGACAAGGCUAGAAUCUGGUCUAGCUCUCUCUUCGUGUACGUGCACCGUGUCUCCCAGUCUCUGCGCUUGCUCAGUUGGAAUCUGCUCUUCUUGUAGAGCAGCAGCAGAUUCAGUUAAUCUGGGAGAAGGGGGGAGCUCUGGCCAGCCUCUCAGUGCUCAAGGAAGCUCAUUUACAUAUCACUAAAAAUUUGCUUUUUUCGGGAAUGGGAAACCAAAAAUACACAUGGUAUUGUUUUUGUCAACAUGAUCAAUCCUACCUGGUUAUAUGUCUGGUUUAAUAGGGUUGAUCAUGCUUUUUAAAAUGCCUUCAAGUGUUUGCAAAAAAAAGGAACAAACCUAUUUUAAUAAAUGAAAUGACC